UCGUAUGUUCUAUUUUUCCUUCGAAAGGAUGAGGUUAAAGAACGAUAGAAGUUGCUGCCUAUAACCUCGAUGCAUCUCCUGAUCAAUCAGCCGCCAUGGAGACUGAAGUGCCCAAAGUACCAGCCAAGAAGAAAGAACCUAGCAAAAGGGCUGCUGCUGCACAGAAGAAGAAGCCCUUGGCAACUGUUUCGGAGAUAUCUGAUGAUGAUGAUGAUGAUUAUAAUGAUAUUAAUGAAAUUGAUGAUGAUGAUGAUGAUGAUGAUGAAGAUAGUGAGAUAGAAGUUGUAGCUACUCCAGAAGCCAGGAAAAAGGGCGGGGGAAAACUGGCUGCAAAUGCAAAGGCAGUUAAGGCCCCUGCAGCGGCAAAGAAGAGAGGUGCAGCGAAUAAGCAGCAGCCUCAGACAUUGGCCCAGAAGCUUUUAACUGACAUGUUAAAGCCUGCUGAAAAUUCCAGGAUUUCACCGGAGAAGAAAGUGAGAAAGAUGAGGGCAUCUCCAUUCAACAAGAAAAGUGGUUCUGUGUUGGGAAGGGUUGGUAAGGUAAAUGAAGUGACUGAAAAUGAAGAAAAUUGGGGUUCUGCUUCUACUUCUGCCAGUACUGAAGAAACUAUUGAAGUUGCACCAGCAAGAGCAAGACCUCAAAGGGUGAACCAAGUUAGAAAACAAGAUGCUGAUGAAAAGUAUGACUCAAUUAACUUGGUGCUAUGGGCCAGGUAGUUGCCCAUCAAAGAGGGUCGCAUGGGCUAGAGAAUUGAUAGACGAAGAAGCAGAACAGUUCCUCAUGCCUCGUUUCAUUGACCCAGAUUCAGAAAGACCUUGGCUUGCCCAAAGAAUGGCCUUGAGGAGACCAUAUUCUGCGUAAAGUUAAUGGAAGGAGACCUGCUUAUGCUUCCCAGCAACUAAUAUAAGAUCUGCAUAAUACGUUUUAUUUUUAAGUCUUUGAUUGGUCAAGUUAUGAGAGAAUAGCAUGGUGCCUUUUGAUGUAUGAACUUCCUCUAUAGAUUGUUUGGCUUAUAUUUUGUGAACUUGUCCGAUCAGCUUGUGUUAAGAUUCUUUCAAAUAGUGUUUCAAAAAGGGACAGUAUCAUUCUGAGCAAUUCGUGACUGAUGGUUUUGUAGAAGCAAGAUGGUUUCUCCAUUUGAAAAACCAGUUUUAGUU